CUGGCACGUGCACGUUCGGCUGACAUGGCGCAAUGUGGGGGAAAGCAUGGUUGGCGGGGAGCCACCGCGGUGUUGGUUGGCGGGGUGCUUACUAUCUGCCCAGCUGGCGUUAACGGGACUGGAACGCGAGACAUCUACUUCAUUCCGUCCUGUCCAACUCUCCUCCAUGUAAAUUAUCAGGGUUCGUAUACUCGAUAUUCUUGGAGCAUAUUUCAAGUCGAGCUCUUCCCCCGCAACACCCAGCUCACACCGCCAAUCAUGGCUGCAAUCAUGGCACCCGUCCCCCGCAUCUUCUUCUGCGUCAUCGAGCCCCUCGUGGUAGGCUUCGCCGCCCUCGGCAUCAUCCACAACCCAGCCAAACACUCCACAGGGCUGCUAUCCUACCUCCCCCCCCCCCCCAACGAGGUCGCCGACACCGAGAAGCUCGCCAUCAUGGAGCUGGGCAACAUGAUGCUCCUCAUCGCCGGCCUGGUCGCCAUCAUCAUGUGGACCAGCCGGGACCCGCGCACAGUCCACCUCACUGUCGCCGCCAUGGCAUUGGUCGAUAUACCACACUGGGGCGCAGCCAUUUGGGUGUUGGGGUGGGAGAGAUUGGUCAACUUCGGAAGCUGGAGCCCGGAGUUGGUGACACAGAUGGUCGGGCCGCUGGUUACCUUCACCUUCAAGGUCGCGUAUUUGAUGGGGUGGCUUGCGAAGGAUAGGGUUCCGACUGGGGAGAAGAAGAAGGCGUGAGCAGAUCUUCUCGUUGCGUCUACAGCUUGGUGGACGGGGACAUGUGUGCAGUCGGCAGGGGUUGGUUGCUGCAACCCCGAAGAGAUUCCCUUUUAAUUACAUUUCACAUCCGCUGUGAUCUAUGGCCAGUUCUCAUUUUCUGGUGUUGAUGGCAGUACAGUGUUCCUUCCUGUCUCUUUAACGCUUCCCAGCUCAUCGAAUCAUCGUCGUCCAAAUCGCUACCGAGAGAGACUCUAUCCUCGACAAAGUCGUAGGCAGGGGCAAGACAGCUCAUCUGCCCUGAAAACCGAGCUGAUAUAGCUAC